GUAACCCAAUUGAUGAACCAAAUUGAGCAUGCAUCCUUCAAAAACUAGUCAAUCCGAUUAACUUAUCAUAUCCCUUAUAAACCUGCUAUAACCAGUCCAGUCCUUGGAUCGCUUUUCGACCAUGGACACAUUCGCAGAACCAUACACACGCGCAGGAGACGACAUUUCACUUGACGCAGUUCGUGAUCAUGUUAGAGCACUCGAAGCACGACACAAAGCCAACGGCGUUCAAUUAUCAGGCCGUAUCAUUCAUGUCUGCCAUUAUCUUCCUGUAACUUGCACCAUCACUUCCACCGCUGCAAAAGAUGGCGUACUCAGUCCACCUCCUACACCUCCUCGUGUUCUUGCAGAUGUACCACCAAGCCCAUCCGAUGAACUCCCUCCACUUGCUCUACCCGCUCAGCCUGAACGUUGGAAAGUAGCUCCACGCUACGGACACAGCGCAAUGACGAGUGGUAUUCGUAGUCUCAGCGUCACACACGAACAAAUCAUUCUGGGAUGGACGGGCGACAUUCUAUCACCUGCUGCUCCACCCGAUGGGAAUUCUUCUCCAGAUGGUGACGUCAACCCAUCCACUGGUGAACGUGUUCCUUCUGUUCGCGACCGUGUCCCAUCUUCUCGUAUCUCUCACGAGGACAAGGAUGCACUCGAAGUCGAGCUCGCUCACUACAUUGACAAGAACGGUCUUGAACCAGAAACUGGUAAACCGAUCAGUUAUCUUCCGCUCUGGAUGGAAGACAACGUCGCACACGGUCAUUAUGAUGGAUAUUGCAAACAAACUCUAUGGCCCCUCUUCCAUUACCUCCUCUGGCAGGACGUAGCAACAGAGCAUGCCAGUGCUGACGCUAAUUACGACUAUUAUGAACAGGCCAACCAAGCUUUCGCAACACGCCUCGCUAGCGUCCUCAAACCAGGCGACCUCGUCUGGGUCCAUGACUACCAUCUCCUCCUAGUCCCUCGCAUGGUCAGGAAUGCAAUGCAUUCCGGUGCUGUGAGCGGCGUGGGCGGGGAGAAUGGCGGGGACGUCACCAUCGGUCUAUUCGUACACACGCCUUUCCCUAGCUCGGAAGUGUUUAGAUGUUUACCGCGCCGCAAAGAAAUCCUCGACGGAAUGCUAGGCGCCAACCUCAUCUGCUUCCAAACCUACAGCUACACCCGCCACUUCACAUCCACCUGCGUUCGCGUGUGCGGGUAUGAAGUUACUAGCAAGGGUGCUACGGCUGCCUCUGCUAGUGCGUCCCGGAGCGCGAGCGUUGUUCCGCGUAGCACGACUGCAACUGGGAUUGAAUUCACCCGCAGUGGAAAAGGCAAGAAAGGCGGAGCCGGCGUUGAGAAAUAUGUCGGUAUUGAUGUACAGGGACACGUGGCUUCUGUUACGCAUUGUCCCGUGGGGGUGGAUGCGGAGAGAGUUGCGAGGGAUACUCUCCGCGCAGGCGUCCAACCGAAACUCGAAGCACUCCGCGCCCUCUACGCAGAUAAGAAGAUCAUCGUAGGAAGGGACAAGUUAGAUGUCGUCAAGGGAGUUUUGCAAAAGCUCCGCGCGUUUGAAAAGUUUUUGCAUGAUUACCCCGAGUGGCAGCGCAAAGUCGUGCUCAUUCAAGUGACGUCUCCUGCGUUAACAGACUCUCCAAAGCUGGAGCGUCAAGUCUCCGAACUUGUCGCACAUAUCAAUGGAGAGUAUGGGAGUUUGGAUUUUAUACCCAUACACCACUACCACCAAACCCUCAGAAAGGACGAGUUCUACGCGUUGCUGAGCGCUGCAGACCUUGGAGUAAUCACGCCCCUCAGGGACGGAAUGAACACGACCUCGAUGGAGUUCGUGAUCGCACAAGAGCGCACAAAGCGCUCUCCACUCGUAUUGAGCGAGUUUAUGGGUAUCAGCCAGCACAUGGCUGAUGCGCUCCAGGUGAACCCCUGGGAUCUUGGGGAUGUGGCAGCUGCCAUGAACCGCGGGUUGGUCAUGUCGGAGGAGGAGAAAGCUUCAAGACACGCUGCGUUGCACUCGGUCGUGACGACUCACACCUCGCACACGUGGGCUGCAGUCCUUGCCAAGAUGCUGCUCUCGCAGAUCAACGGACAAAACACCGCACGUCAGACGCCUUACAUCCCUAGAGACAGUCUCAAGACACUGUAUGAAAAUGCCGGGAAGCGUUUGUUCUUGUUCGAUUACGACGGCACGCUCACGCCGAUCGUCAAGAUGCCAUCGAUGGCUCUUCCUUCUCCUGAUGCACUCACAGCCCUCGCGAAACUGUCAUCCGACCCUAACAACAUCGUAUAUAUCGUAUCCGGCCGUGACCAAGCGUUCCUCGAGGAACACCUAGGCCAUCUCCCACGUCUCGGGAUGAGCGCAGAGCACGGAGGAUUCAUCCGUUCGCCUGAUAGCGCUGUGUGGAUGAAUUUCACCGCCACUCUUGAUAUGAGCUGGAUGGAGGAAGUAGCGGAGAUUUUUAGGUAUUAUACGGAGCGCACAACUGGCAGUCAUAUUGAGAUGAAGAAGAGCUCGAUUACGUGGCAUUAUCGGUCGACUGAUCCAGAGUGGGGACUGUUCCAGUGCAGGCAGUGCCAGGAUUUAUUAGAGAAUAACGUGGUGCCCAAGAGGCCGAUCGAGGUGCUCGUGGGUAAGAAGAAUCUGGAAGUGAGGCCUAUCGCCGUGAACAAGGGUGAGAUCGUCAAGCGCAUAUUAUACCAGAACCCUGGGGUCGAGUUCAUAUUUUGCGCUGGUGACGAUAAGACCGACGAAGACAUGUUCCGCGCCUUACUCCUCUUCCCCCCUUCCUCAACUGGCAAAGCGACGAUGGAACCCCCGCUCUCAGUAAUGCUCGUCGACAACACCAAGGAGCACAGCGACGUCGAGCUUGCGGUAUCUCCCGAAGCUGUGUUCACGACUGCUGUUGGACAUAGCAGCAAGCGGACGCUCGCGAGUUGGCACGUGACGACGCCUGAGGAGGUCGUGGAGCAUAUGUUGCAUCUGGUUGGAGAGGUGCCGAAGGGCCCGGGGGAGGAGGUGAAGGGGUAUAUGUGAGUCUUGCGUCGUGCCUUGUCAAUCGCAUUGCAUGCGUUGCGAAUCUUGUUGCGGUAUAGAAUUUUUUUCGGUUUAAAAUAUUUGUAGAAUGUGUUGAGAACAUUCAUGUGCUUGUACAUGCCCCUAGAAUUUCUAUAGAACAAUGAUUACUUGUUUUGCGAGA